AUGAUCGGCUGGGUAGAGGGUUUUCAUUUGCUUAUGAAGAUACUAUCAUGGAAUGUGAGGGGAAUUAGAAGGCCUGAAAAGAGGAGACAAAUAAAGAAGAGUCUUGCAGAGAGAAAAGUGGACAUUGUGCUGUUACAAGAAACCAAGAAGGCAGUAGUUGAUUCUACCUUGGUUAGGUCCAUGUGGCCUGGGGAGCAAUUUGAUUUCAUGGCAGUAGACGCAAUUGGUCAAGCUGGAGGGCUACUAUGUAUUUGGAACCCUGAGGUGUUUGGACUGAAGGAUUGCUGCAGUACCCAGAAUUUCAUCCUUUUAUCAGGUACAUUAUUUUCCAAUUUUGAUUGUGUUAUUAUUAACGUCUAUGGUUCUAACGAGGUGGCUAAAAGAAAAGAGACUUGGGAUGUGUUAGUGAGGUUGAAAUCCAAUUUUUUGGGGCCAUGGUGUAUGGGGGGUGACUUUAAUGAAAUUAAGAACAUCUCCGAAAGAAUUGGGUGUUCGAGAAGGGAUCGUGGGAUGAGGGACUUUAAUAAUAUGAUUGCACAACUCGAGUUGAUAGACAUUCCUAUGUUAGGGAGGAAGUUUACUUGGUGCAAUUCUCAAGUUAGAGAGAAAUGGAGCAGAAUUGAUCGAUUUCUUCUCAACUAUGAGUGGGUGCAGAAUUUUUCCUUUAAACUAUGGGGGCUUCCUAGAUUUCUGUCCGAUCAUUGCCCUAUUAUUUUGAUGGAGGAUGAUAGGGAUUGGGGCCCGAAGCCUUUUAGGUUCCUCAAUGCUUGGCUUCUACAUCCCAAAUUUUUAUCUUGUGUUCAACAAAGUUGGUCGGAAUCUGCUGUGGAUGGAUGGGCAGGGUUUAAAUGUCUUAUGAAGUUUAAAGCACUGAAACAGGUCCUCAAACAGUGGAAUGUUGCGGUGUUUGGUAAGAUCGAAUCAAAAUUGAAAAGUGUAGAAGAUGAGGCUCAUGCUCUUGAUUUGUUAGCUGAGGAUAGACCACUACUCGAUACAGAACUGUAUAGAAGAAAAGAAGUGCGGGGUGAAGUCCGUCCCAAAUUGGCUGGCCAUUUCAAGACCAUAGGGGGUGCUCAAGCUGUGGCACAAUUGGAGGCAGAGUUUACAGAGCAGGAGAUUAAAAAUGUUAUCAAGUGCUGUGAUGGUAAUAAGGCACCUGGCCCUGAUGGGUUUAAUUUGUCAUUUUUCAAAAAGUGUUGGAAAAUUGUGAGGGUAGAUGUGCUAAAAUUUAUGAGCGAUUUUCAUCAGAAUGCGAAGCUCGUUUGUGGGCUAAAUAGCUCGUUUAUAGCUCUGAUCCCCAAAGUUUUAAGCCCUUCUUGUUUGAAUGAUUAUAGGCCUAUUAGCUUGAUCGGAUCCUUGUAUAAAAUUGUUGCUAAAGUGCUAGCGAACAGGAUGAAGCAAGUAAUGCCCAAGAUUAUUGGCGAAGCUCAGUCAGCUUUUUUGGGGGGAAGAAAUAUACUAGAUGGUAUUUUGAUAGCCAAUGAAAUAGUGGAUGGUUGGAAAAGAUCUAAUAGAAAAGGCUUGGUGCUUAAAUUGGAUUUUGAAAAGGCUUAUGAUUCUAUUAAUUGGGAGUUUUUAUUCGACAUGUUAGCAAAGUUUGGUUUUGGAUCGCGUUGGGUACAAUGGAUGAAAACGUGUGUCUCCUCAGCUAAGAUAUCCGUUUUGGUGAACGGGUCACCAACAUCUGAGUUUCGUCCACAACGAGGCUUGAGGCAAGAAGACCCAUUGUCACCAUUCCUCUUCAACAUUGUAGCAGAAGGUCUUAAUAUUUUGCUGAGCAGAGCCAGACAGCUGGGCCUAAUUCAAGGGGCGGUGGUGGGCUCUAGUGGGUUAAGAAUCACGCACUUGCAAUUUGCGGAUGAUACGAUUUUGUUCUGUAAUGCGGAUAAAGAGGAGGUGGGCAACAUUAAAAGAAUUCUAAGAUGCUUUGAGAUUGUAUCAGGUCUGAGAAUCAACUAUCACAAGAGUGUUAUCUGUGGGAUUGGGGUAGAUGACGGUUCGAUGCAGGAGUUUGCUUCUUCCUUAAAUUGUUGCCACCAUAAAUUGCCUCUAAAAUACUUGGGGCUUCCUUUGGGGGCUAAUCCCAGCAGGAGGAGUACUUGGAAACCUGUUCUUGAUAAGUUCAAACAAAAAUUGUCCACAUGGAAGAGAAGGUUGUUAUCUUUUGCUGGGCGCUUAACUCUUAUUAAAUCGGUUAUGUCUAAUCUGCCCAUCUACUAUCUUUCACUGUUUAGAAUCCCUGCUGGAGUGGCAAAGGAAAUUGAGAGAAUACAAUCUGCAUUUCUUUGGGGUGGAUCCGAUCUUAGAAGGAAAAUACAUAUGGUCCGAUGGGAGGUGGUCUCUAAAAAUAAGAAUUUAGGUGGGUUAGGGUUGAGGAGGAUAAAAAGUUUCAAUCAAUGUCUCUUGCUGAAAUGGUGGUGGACAUUUGGUGUAGAGAAUAAAUCCCUUUGGAAGGAAGUGAUCUGCUCCAAGUAUGUGUCAUUGGAUGGAAGAUGGACACCACAGUUAAUAGGCAGAGAAUCCAAGAUCUGGUCGGAUAUUAUUCAAGCUGUAAUGUCCAAUCCAGAGCUGCACCACUUUUAUAUUUCUAAUGCUCAGAUUGUUCUGGGGGAUGGGAGGAGAGCUCGAUUUUGGAGAGACAAGUGGGUGCGAAAUGUAUGCCUAAUGGAGGAAUUCCCAAGGCUCUUUUCCUUAUCUAAAGAUAAAAAUGGUGUGGUAAGGGUGUUUUUCGAAAAAAGGGAAGAGAAUGGUGGCUGGAACAUGGACUUCAGAAGACCUCUGUUGGUAUGGGAGGAGGAAGAAGCUAACCGACUUUUUCAUUUGCUGAAUUCUGCACCAAUUCUGUGCAGUUCCAGAUCUGAUGAGCUCAUAUGGGGUGCAGACCCAUCUAAUACUUUCUCUGUCUCCUCAGUAUAUUUUUGGAGUGAAUCACAUUUGGGACCUAUACUACCUGUGGCUGCUUCAAUUUGGAAUAAUUUCGCUCCUCCAAAAGUUCAAUGUUUUGGGUGGAUGGCUUGGCUGGGUAAGAUUAAAACUUCGAGUUUUCUUCAUAGAAUUGGUAUUCUAACAGGGAAUGUAAAUCUGGAUUGUGUUUUCUGCCACAAUGAGAUUGAAACUGUGGAACAUAUACUACUGUACUGUCCUUUCGUUUGGUUGCUUUGGUCCAACAUUGUCCGAUGGUGGGGUUUGCAAUGGGUGCUACCAGGUUCAGUGAAUGGACUGUUGAAUUGGUGGGAUGGUUGUAGAUUGAAGAAGUUGGAAAAGAAAAUUUGGAAGGUUCUUCCUCUGGUUGUCCUGUGGUCUACAUGGAAGCAUCGAAAUGACUGCAUCUUUAAUGGCUCUCAACCAAACUUGGAAGACCUAUGUGAAAUAGUGAAGGUUCGUGUAGCUAUGUGGCUCAAAGCCUCACCAACCCAGGUGGAGUUUUCUAUUAAUGACUUGGUUCUCAACCUGCCACAGGCUGCAGAGUUAGCUCUAAAUAAAUCUGGGUUGAACAGAAGUGUCCUACAGUCUAACAUUGCAGGUGCUCCUUACUGA